CUUGCGGUCUCCACCCUGCCCCCUCUCUCAGGGAAGCGAACUUCUCCAGUGCGCGAGCGGGGAAGCAACCGCCAAAUCUCAAACUUUAUGAAUGGCGACGGCUAAUUCGAAAAUCUCAAAAGCGUAAAAUCAAAUAAAAGACGCAAUUCGCAGAGUCUGAUUGCGAUAUAAGGAAAACCCUUCUUGGUUGAACAGGUUCGAAACCCUAAUUUUCGCCUGGUCUGAUACCUCAAUCGAUCAGUAACCAUGGACAUGCGAUUUCCUUACUCUCCGGCGGAGGUCGCCAAAGUUCGUAUGGUGCAGUUCGGUAUACUCAGCCCCGACGAGAUUGUAAUCUUCACAACUCAUCCCACACUCCCUCCAUCUCUCUUUUAUUUUUCUUUUUUCUUUUUAAAUCUCUGUGUAUGGUUGGUGAGAAAUUGUAUGAAAAGAAAAUGACUGGGAACUGGAAAUCUUACAGCUGCAAUUCAGCCCUAGCUCGGUAGGCAAAUGUCGGUGGUGCAGAUCGAGCACAGCGAAACAACGGAGCGAGGGAAGCCAAAGCCAGCAGGGCUGAGUGACCCUCGGCUUGGUACCAUCGAUAGGAAGACGAAAUGCGAAACUUGCAUGGCUAACAUGGCCGAGUGCCCUGGUCAUUUUGGGCACCUUGAACUAGCCAAGCCGAUGUUUCAUAUUGGAUUUAUGAAAACUGUUCUGAGCAUUAUGCGUUGUGUUUGCUUCAAUUGCUCCAAGAUCCUCGCAGAUGAGGAGGAACAUAAAUUCAAGCAAGCUCAGAAAAUCAGGAAUCCGAAAAAUAGACUUAAGAAGAUUUUGGAUGCAUGUAAGAACAAAACUAAAUGUGAUGGUGGUGAUGAAAUUGAGUCUCAAGGUCAGGAUACUGAAGAACCAAUUAAGAAAAGCCGAGGGGGUUGUGGUGCUCAGCAGCCAAAGAUCACAAUUGAUGGUAUGAAAAUGGUUGCUGAAUACAAAAUUCAGAGGAAGAAAAAUGAUGACCCAGAGCAGCUUCCUGAGCCUGUUGAGAGAAAACAACAGCUUUCUGCAGAAAGGGUUCUAAAUGUCCUGAAGAGGAUUAGUGAUGAAGACUGCCUUUUACUUGGUUUAAAUCCUAAAUAUGCCCGUCCUGAUUGGAUGAUUUUGCAAGUUCUUCCGAUACCUCCACCUCCAGUGAGACCUUCUGUGAUGAUGGACACAUCAUCGAGGAGUGAGGAUGAUUUAACUCAUCAGUUGGCGAUGAUUAUUAGGCAGAAUGAGAAUCUGAGGAAACAGGAGAGAAAUGGGUCCGCUGCACAUAUAAUCUCAGAAUUCGCUCAGUUACUGCAGUUUCAUGUAGCAACAUACUUCGAUAAUGAACUUCCGGGUCAGCCCAGGGCUACACAGAGAUCAGGCCGGCCAAUCAAAUCAAUAUGCAGUAGGCUUAAGGCUAAGGAGGGUCGCAUAAGAGGUAACUUGAUGGGUAAACGUGUUGAUUUUUCGGCACGUACAGUUAUAACUCCUGAUCCAACAAUUAACAUUGAUGAAUUGGGAGUACCGUGGAGUAUUGCUCUGAACUUAACAUAUCCCGAAACUGUGACGCCUUAUAACAUUGAAAGGCUGAAGGAACUUGUUGAAUAUGGACCUCAUCCACCUCCUGGUAAAACUGGUGCCAAGUACAUCAUAAGGGAGGAUGGACAGAGGCUUGAUCUUCGUUAUUUGAAGAAAAGUAGUGAUCAUCAUCUGGAGCUUGGAUACAAGGUGGAGCGGCACUUGAAUGAUGGAGAUUUUGUUCUAUUUAAUAGACAACCUAGCUUGCAUAAGAUGUCCAUUAUGGGGCAUAGAAUCAAGAUCAUGCCUUAUUCCACCUUCCGAUUAAAUUUAUCUGUUACUUCCCCUUAUAAUGCGGAUUUUGAUGGAGAUGAAAUGAAUAUGCAUGUUCCUCAAUCUUUUGAGACCAGAGCUGAAGUUCUGGAGCUGAUGAUGGUACCUAAAUGUAUCGUGUCACCCCAGUCAAACCGACCUGUUAUGGGCAUUGUGCAGGAUACACUUUUAGGAUGUCGCAAGAUCACAAAGAGAGAUACCUUCAUUGAGAAGGAUGUUUUUAUGAACAUUUUGAUGUGGUGGGAAGAUUUUGAUGGAAAGAUACCUGCUCCAGCAAUUUUGAAGCCUAGGCCACUUUGGACUGGAAAACAAGUGUUCAAUCUUAUAAUUCCAAAGCAGAUAAAUCUCAUGAGAACGUCAGCAUGGCACUCAGAAGCUGAAACUGGAUUUGUAACUCCUGGUGAUACUCAAGUUCGAAUAGAAAGGGGGGAGCUCCUUUGUGGCACUCUUUGCAAGAAAACCCUGGGAACGUCAACAGGAAGUCUUAUACAUGUCAUAUGGGAGGAAGUUGGUCCAGAUGCUGCUCGCAAAUUCUUGGGACAUACCCAGUGGCUUGUUAACUAUUGGCUUUUGCAGAAUGCGUUUAGCAUUGGUAUUGGGGACACAAUUGCUGACGCAGCAACUAUGGAAAAAAUUAAUGAAACAAUUUCUAGAGCCAAGAAUGAAGUAAAAGAACUUAUUAGGGCUGCCCAAGAAAAGCAGCUAGAAGCUGAGCCAGGGCGGACCAUGAUGGAGUCAUUUGAGAAUCGAGUGAACCAGGUCUUGAACAAAGCCCGUGAUGAUGCUGGAAGUAGUGCCCAAAAGAGCUUAUCAGAGAGUAACAAUCUAAAGGCGAUGGUUACAGCGGGGUCAAAAGGAAGUUUUAUCAACAUAUCACAAAUGACUGCUUGUGUGGGGCAGCAGAAUGUUGAAGGUAAGCGAAUCCCAUAUGGCUUCAUAGAUCGGACGCUUCCCCAUUUUACAAAAGAUGAUUAUGGACCUGAAAGUCGUGGUUUUGUGGAGAACUCUUAUCUGCGAGGAUUGACUCCUCAAGAAUUCUUUUUUCAUGCCAUGGGUGGUAGGGAAGGUCUGAUUGAUACUGCUGUCAAAACUUCUGAGACUGGAUACAUCCAGAGGCGGCUUGUGAAGGCUAUGGAGGACAUUAUGGUCAAAUAUGAUGGUACUGUUAGAAACUCUCUAGGGGAUGUUAUCCAGUUCCUGUACGGGGAAGAUGGUAUGGAUUCUGUUUGGAUUGAAUCACAAAAGCUGGAUUCCCUUAAAAUGAAGAAAUCUGAGUUUGAUCAGGUUUUCAGAUAUGAGAUUGAUGAUGAAAAUUGGAAUCCAAGUUAUAUGUUGCCAGAACAUGUUGAGGAUCUAAAAACCAUUCGGGAGUUCCGGAAUGUGUUUGAUGCUGAGGUUCAGAAACUUGAAGCAGAUCGAUUCCAGCUUGGGACAGAGAUUGCUACCACUGGUGAUAACUCUUGGCCUAUGCCUGUGAAUCUUAAGAGGCUUAUCUGGAAUGCACAAAAGACUUUUAAGGUUGACUUAAGAAGACCGUCUGAUAUGCAUCCUAUGGAAAUUGUGGAAGCAGUUGAUAAGCUUCAGGAGAGGCUGAAGGUUGUACCUGGUGAUGAUUUAAUGAGUAUGGAAGCUCAGAAAAAUGCCACCCUCUUCUUCAACAUUUUGCUUCGCAGCACACUUGCUAGUAAGAGGGUGCUGAAAGAAUACAGGCUUACUCGAGAAGCAUUUGAAUGGGUUAUUGGUGAGAUUGAAUCACGCUUCUUACAGUCACUUGUAGCACCAGGGGAAAUGAUUGGUUGUGUUGCAGCUCAAUCCAUUGGUGAGCCUGCAACUCAGAUGACUCUGAACACCUUCCACUAUGCUGGUGUCAGUGCCAAGAAUGUGACUCUUGGUGUUCCUAGGUUGAGGGAAAUCAUAAAUGUAGCAAAGAAAAUCAAAACUCCAUCACUUUCUGUUUACUUGAAGCCUGAAGUCAGCAAGACAAAGGAAAAGGCUAAGAAUGUCCAAUGUGCUUUAGAAUAUACUACUCUUCGCAGUGUAACACAAGCUACUGAAGUAUGGUAUGACCCUGAUCCCAUGAGCACUAUUAUAGAGGAGGAUGUUGACUUUGUCAAGUCCUACUAUGAAAUGCCAGAUGAAGAAGUUGCCCCAGAGAAAAUUUCUCCCUGGUUACUCCGUAUAGAGUUAAAUCGGGAGAUGAUGGUUGAUAAGAAGUUGAGCAUGGCUGACAUUGCUGAGAAGAUCAAUCUGGAGUUUGAUGAUGAUUUAACCUGCAUAUUUAAUGAUGACAAUGCUGAAAAAUUGAUUCUACGUAUCCGGAUUAUGAAUGAUGAGGGUCCUAAGGGGGAAUUGCAGGAUGAAUCAGCAGAAGAUGAUGUUUUCCUUAAGAAGAUUGAGAGUAACAUGCUCACAGAAAUGGCUCUUCGAGGCAUUCCUGAUAUUAACAAAGUGUUUAUUAAAUCUGGCAAAGUAAACAAGUUUGAGGAGAAUGAAGGAUUUAAGCCUGAGGUGGAGUGGAUGCUUGACACUGAAGGUGUCAAUCUUUUAGCUGUCAUGUGCCAUGAAGAUGUUGAUGCGAGGAGGACAACUAGUAAUCAUUUGAUUGAAGUAAUUGAAGUUCUUGGAAUUGAAGCAGUCCGUCGGUCCCUGCUGGACGAGUUGCGUGUUGUCAUCUCUUUUGACGGAUCUUAUGUGAAUUACAGACACCUGGCGAUAUUGUGUGACACUAUGACUUAUCGUGGUCACCUGAUGGCCAUAACUCGUCAUGGUAUAAACCGGAAUGAUACUGGUCCAAUGAUGAGAUGCUCAUUUGAGGAGACAGUGGACAUUCUUCUGGAUGCUGCUGUGUUUGCUGAAACAGAUCAUCUGAGGGGUGUUACUGAAAACAUUAUGUUAGGUCAGCUUGCUCCAAUUGGCACAGGAGAUUGUGCUCUUUAUCUUAAUGAUCAGAUGCUGGAACAUGCCAUUGAUGUUCAGCUGCCUAGUUAUAUGGAGGGCCUGGAUUUUGGCAUGACUCCUUCCCGCUCUCCAAUCACUGGUACCCCAUAUCAUGAUGGCAUGAUGUCACCAAAUUACUUGCUGAGCCCAAAUCUGCGUUUGUCACCUGUUACAGAUGCACAAUUUUCUCCAUAUGUUGGUGGCAUGGCAUUCUCUCCUACAUCAUCCCCUGGAUACAGUCCCUCAUCUCCAGGAUACAGCCCAUCAUCUCCUGGAUACAGUCCUACUUCCCCAGGUUACAGCCCCACCUCACCUGGAUAUAGCCCCACCUCACCCGGUUACAGUCCCACUUCCCCCACUUACAGUCCUAGCUCUCCUGGAUAUAGUCCAACAAGUCCUGCAUAUUCUCCAACCAGUCCAUCUUACUCCCCCACCUCUCCCAGUUACAGCCCCACCUCUCCCAGUUACAGCCCCACCUCUCCAAGUUACAGCCCUACAUCUCCUAGUUAUAGUCCUACAUCUCCAAGUUACAGCCCCACUUCUCCAAGUUACAGCCCCACCUCUCCUGCCUACAGCCCAACCUCUCCCGCUUACAGCCCCACGUCUCCUGCAUACAGUCCCACUUCACCAUCUUAUAGUCCAACCUCUCCUUCCUAUAGCCCUACUUCUCCUUCUUACAGCCCAACCUCACCUUCUUACAGCCCAACCUCACCUUCAUACAGCCCUACCUCUCCAUCGUACAGCCCUACCUCUCCCGCCUAUAGCCCUACUUCUCCUGGUUACAGUCCAACAUCCCCGAGCUAUAGUCCAACCUCUCCAAGCUACAGCCCUACAUCUCCUAGUUACAAUCCUUCAGCUAAAUAUAGCCCAUCCUUGGCGUAUUCACCCAGCAGUCCCAGACUGUCACCAUCCAGUCCAUAUAGUCCAACAUCACCAAAUUACAGCCCAACGUCACCGUCAUAUUCACCAACAUCUCCCUCAUACUCUCCUUCAAGCCCAACAUACAGCCCCAGCAGCCCCUACAAUUCUGGCGUAAGCCCGAACUACAGCCCAAGUUCACCACAAUACAGUCCUAGUGCAGGGUACUCGCCAAGUGCACCAGGAUACUCGCCCUCAUCCACCAGCCAGUACACACCACAGAUGAGCAACAAAGAUGAUGACGAGAGCAGUCGGUAGAUAUAUUCUUAAUUUAAGCUUGAAAGCUGCUUGUUUGGGCCAUUUGCUGAACAACACCUUAAGUGGGAGAUGGAGAUUCCCAAUUUCCCCCACAGGAUUUCUUUUCUGCACGAGCCUGUACUUGCUAGCGGCCGCCUGCCUCUGCUGGGUGAUUUCAGUAAGAUUAUUAUAUAGCUUUAAUCAGUAUCGUCCUGGUUGCAAGCGGUGGUGCAGAUUGGGAUGAGAGCUUGAGCCUUUCAAUGUUGAAUGCUGAAAAUACCUCUCCCCUCAUUUUCAUGCUUAUUGACAUUGUCUCUCGGAGGGCAAUGACCAAGUUUGGUCAAAUAGACAAUUGUCACGGGUUCUUCUCAAAUAGACAAUUGUCACGGGUUCUUCUAUGGCUGCAGGCGGUUCUGUUGUAAAAGUAGUACAAUACUAAUCUAGUUGUGUGUGAAUUUCUUCAUUUUUCCUUAAUAUAAUAAAGCUUUUAGUGUCUA